GCGCGGGCCGGGACUGGACAUUUCGCCGCCGCAACGCGAAUCACCGGCCAUCUCGUUCUCGGCGUCCGCGUGGGAGAAGCGUGGAGCGCCCCGGUCGAAUCUGCCGUGGUUCUCGAGAGCCUCUGCCUCCCGCCGGCGGCGGGGAUGGUGAAGAUAGUGACGUACAACGUGAACGGGCUGCGGCCGCGGGUGGCGCAGCACGGCUCGCUCCGCCGCCUCCUGGACUCCCUCGACGCCGACAUCAUCUGCUUCCAGGAGACGAAACUGUCGAGGCAGGACUUGUCUGGGGAUGUCAUAAUGGCGGAGGGAUACGAGGCUUUUAUUUCGUGCAAUCGUACCUCGAGAGGGCGUGGAGCAUACUCCGGUGUAGCAACAUUUUGCCGGGUAACAUCGGCAUUCUCCAGUCAGGAAGUUGCGUUGCCAGUAGCAGCUCAAGAAGGCUUUGCUGGAUUUCAGGGCUCUGCAAAAGACAGUGAAACUAUUGGGGAUUUUGUACUUCAAAUGCCUGUGGAAGAGGAAGGUCUUGGUGAAAUAACAAGAGAGGAGCUACUCAGGCUGGACAAUGAGGGGCGAUGUAUAAUCACUGACCAUGGACAUUUUGUUCUUUUUAAUUUAUAUGGCCCAGCCAUUGGCGAAGAUGAUGAAGAAAGAGUUCGUUUUAAGCUACUAUUUUACAAGAUACUGCAGAAACGAUGGGAAUACCUAUUGGCUCUGGGGAAGAGAGUUUUCAUCGUUGGAGAUCUGAAUAUUGCUCCUGGUUCUAUAGAUAGGUGUGACGCCCCUCCUGGAUUCGAGAAGCAAAUGUUCCGGGAAUGGCUGAGGUCCAUGCUAAGAGAGAAUGAUGGUCCAUUUUUUGAUGCUUUCAGAUCAAAACACCCUGAAAGGACUGGAGCUUAUACUUGUUUUAAUCAAAAAGUUGGAGCUGAAGAAUACAAUUAUGGUUCUAGAAUUGAUCACAUUCUAAUUUCUGGUUCCUGUUUCCAUAAUUGCAAUUCUGUGGACAACCAUAGCAUUUUUCACUGCCAUGUGGAGGAUUGCGAGAUAAUGAAUCAUUUCAAAAGAAGUGGGGAUACGGAAACUAUCUCAAAGUGGAAAGGAGGGAGAAGUAGUAAACUAGAAGGUUCUGAUCAUAUUCCAGUGUAUAUUAUAUUGAAUGGAAUACCUGAACUUCCAGUCCAUAAUACCCCAUCAUCAGCUGCAAGGUAUCUGCCAGAAAUCCGUGGACGGCAACAGAGUAUAGUAUCAUUCCUCAGUAAAGGGAAAAUUUGUGAAGUUGAAGGUGGCCCAGGUUUAAAUAUGUCCCAGGAUCAAGCAAAUGAAAGCUGCUGUACUGAUGACCUGGAAAGCAAAAGUAUAUUCAAGGAAGAAUCACCAACUGGUAUAACCGAGUUUUCUAAAGGUGGUGACCUUCCUAGUUCUACGUCAAAGCGAAGGAAUCUUGAUCAUUGGAUACAUGAAGGCCCAAGCGGCAACUCCCAAAAUAGUAAUGCAACAUUACUGGCAUCACAUGGUAUGAAAGCUUCUUUUUCUAGCAUCAAGUCUAUGUCAAACAAGAAGAACAAACAUAAUAUAUCCUCACAGCCAACAAUCAAAUCAUUUUUUCGAAGACCAGAGACAAGGGCAGAGGAUGCCAAUAUCAAUAGCUUAGUUAGUGCAGCAGAUACAGUACCUGGUAUGCAUGAAUUAUGUUAUCCAAAGGAUGAUAGUCUGCCGGAGAACAUUCAGUGUACAGCUGCAGCUGAAGUAGAUCAGGACAGCUCUAUAUCAUGUUCACUUUCAACUGACAACUGUAAUGUUGCAACAUUGGAGUGGCAAAGAAUACAACAGAGAAUGAAGAUGACCCUACCACUUUGCAAAGGACAUCGUGAACCUUGCAUUCCAAGGUCUGUGAAGAAGGGCUCCAAUAUUGGUCGCCAAUUCUAUGUCUGUGGCCGUGCUCAGGGACCUUCAUCAAAUCCAGCAGCUAACUGCAACCAUUUUCAGUGGGCCUCUGUAAAAUCUAAAGGAAAGCGGCAAUGACUCAUUAUGUUCGUCAUUUGUUACCGUCAGCGUGCAGGUCAAAGGGCUUCUUUCAGCCCUUGCUGUAAGUAAUAUCAGCAGUUUGCUGCUGUUGUUGCUUUUGUUAGACACUUUAGUUUGUUUUUAUGCUAACCUCUUUUUUUCCCAGUAGCCCUGGACACUUGUCAGCUUGAUCUUCCUGCGAGUCUGCACCUGCCCUCAUUUUGGAAGCAAGAUGGUCCUGAUUCAGUGCGAAUUCAUUUACUAACAGAGGUACAUAGUUAAUCCUUGUAGAUUUCUAGUUAGAUGGCCACUGUACUCAGUAUCCUCUGCCUUUGUUGUAACUUGUAAGUGAAUCAGACAAAACAUGAGUCGCUGUUGGGUGACUAAUAAAAUGCCACUUGGAGCCCUCUUGUGGUUCUGUUUGUUGA